CUGGUCUGUCUUUUAUCUCCUUUUUUGGUUGUUGUUUGGGGCUUUGGGCGUGUGAAUGCACUAGAUUGCUCGGAUCGAAAAAGUUGACAAACCUUGCAAUAUUGUCUACAUUCUUAAAACUUUGUAGUUAUUAUUAUCAUCUCUAGCCAAAGUUAAUAAUAUUCAAAAUGUCUAAAGUGAGAAAAAUCAUAGAUGAAGCCAAAGAAUCCAAGAAUCCUGAGCUGGAUUUGGUGGACAAGGGUAUUUCUUCUUUUGACGAAAUACCGAGUCUCCUUACCAUGCUCAACUUGACCCGGAUUACACUGACGCACAACAGAAUAUCAGUUGUAACCCCAGCUUUGGCCAACUUGACAAAUCUUGAAAUCCUGAACUUGUUUAAUAAUCAAGUUGAAGAACUCCCAACAUCUUUGUCUUCCAUGCCAAAACUUCGGAUUUUAAACUUAGGAAUGAACAAGCUGAGCGCUCUUCCUCGAGGGUUUGGAGCCUUUCCUGUACUAGAGGUUUUAGAUUUAACUUACAACAACUUGAAUGAAAGUAGUUUACCUGGCAACUUCUUUAUGAUUGAAACACUCAGAGCCCUGUACUUGGGUGAUAAUGAUUUUGAACGAAUCCCACCCGAGAUUGGCCAUCUGAAAAAUCUUCAAAUUCUUGUUCUUCGAGAUAAUGAUUUAGUUGAGCUCCCUAAAGAAAUUGGUGAAUUGGCCAGGCUGAGAGAAUUGCAUAUUCAAGGCAAUCGGUUGUCAGUUUUGCCCCCUGAAUUAGGUAACUUGGAUCUCACCAGUAACAAAUCCGUGAUUAGAAUGGAAAACAAUCCAUGGGUGGCACCAAUUGCAGAUCAGUUGCAAGUUGGUCUAUCUCACGUAAUUGAUUAUCUUCGAUCAGAAACGUAUAAAUUUGUCUACGGACGUCAUAUUUCGGCCAAUGCUCCCGCCCCUGCCCGACUCACAGAGAGAACAAAGAAGAGCUCCAAACCUAAACCAUAAUUCAUGGAAUUUUUUCAGUAGUAUAGCUUCUAUGGCUCUGUUUCAUCAAUUUUCUGAUUUUCUUGUUCAAACCGAACAUUGAUUUUCAGAACAGAUAAUCCAAAUUAAUCAUUACAUUCUUCGCCUUGUUAUCAAAUGUGCCAACUGCUGCCUUCCGUUCUUUGAAUGGACAUUUCUUCUAAUCAUGUAAUAUUUUUUCUUUACGAACUAACGUUGUCUUCCAACUUUUUUCGCGUUUUCUCGUCCGUUGUUCUUCUACUAGCGCAGAUUUAUUGAACAUGCAUACAUUGGGUGUUGAAUUUAACGAAGUAGUAGGAGAAAUAAAUAAAGCAAUCAA